GAACGAACGCGAGGUAGAGGCAGCAGAGCGCGGCGUCGUGAUCGUCUCUCGUGUGCGUUGUAAUCUCGUGUGCGGGCAGUUUUUUUUUUGACGCGAGUCACCACGGGCCGUCCCGUGUGAUCUUAAAGCGGAAUCUCAGCCGAGCGGGGCUCGAGUGUGCGGAAUAACGCUCGCGUGUACGAGGGCCACUCGUACGUCGGUCUAACCCGUCGAUUUCAGUUUCUUCGUUUCUACGUUCUUCUCCCUCUCCCCCCGGUAUUCAACGAUGGACACGUCUGUCGGUUACCACGCUACCACGGACACGGCGGCUGGAGCGAUGGUGCAAUCUAAUCAGCCGAGGAAAACAAAAAUAUUUGUUGGCCGGCUGCCGGAAAAUUGUCGCAACGAUGAGUUGCGGCAGUUGUUCUUGCGCUACGGCGAGGUGACCGAAUGCGACGUGAUGAACCGAUACGGCUUCGUCCACAUGGCGCGAGAGGAGGAUGCGGCGGCGGCGAUCAAGGCGCUCCACAAUUCCAACUUCAAGGGUGCGACGAUCAACGUGGAACAGUCGACCGGAAAGUCACGCGGAGGCGGAGGAGGACGCCGAGAUGACCGAAGAGGUGGACCAAUGAGAGGUGGUAGGGGGGGACGAGACGGUGGUAGAGACGCUCGUCCUGGACCAUACAAUGAUAGAAGAGUUCUUCCGAUCCAACUCGUUGGUUACGAUGGAUCUGCUGCAGGUGGCGUCGCGACCGGCUACACCGAUUACAAUCGCGGGGCUGGCGACUUUAGCGGCCGUGGGGCGGACUUCGGUGCCGGCUACGCCGAUCGCGGGGCAUACGGUCAGAACGUGGGUGGCGCGGCGAUGGGUUACACCUCGACGGCGCCGGGGAUGGGCGGUGGAUACGGACCGGCUGCCGGCGCCGUGGGAGGAUACGGACCUACCGGCGCGGCGGACUACGGACGAACGGCCGACUAUGGCCGCGCCGAUUUCAGCGGUAGAACAGAUUAUGUAGUUGGUGGAGGCAUGGCCGGAGAUUUCAAUCGUGGCGCACCUGGCCCAGUAGAUUAUGGUCGCACUGAUAAUUUCGGGGCCAGUCGUACGGUUGAUUAUACAACGCGAAAUGAUUAUGACCGGAGUGCGGCUGGACCGAUGAGAAACGGUGGUGGCGCCGUUGCCACUACCGGGUAUGGAACUGGGUACACUGAUGUGGGAUAUGAUGAGAGCCAUUGGCCAAUGAGCACUGGACCUAGCUACAGCACAGGGGCCCCUAGUUACAGCACUGGUCCUGGACCACAAGCUGAUAUGUUCAGUAGAAGACCUGGCAGUGCUGUGCCGAGUGGCGGUUAUCCACCGGUUGCUGGCGGUUAUGCCGAGGGAUAUGACAGACCAGAUGCUUACGGUCCUCCACGUGGCGGCGGACGCUUCCCAGGUCCGGCAGACGCAAUGCCACCGAGGUACUAAAAAGUGUACUAAACGCACUUAGCGCAUGCGAAAGGCGACCGAAAAAAAAACGAAAAAAACCGUAAAAAAAAGACCAUCGCCUUUUAGCAGCGAUCACUCGCUUAUCGGACUCGAUUACCUAGGAAUUGCCCUCUGCGUCCGUCGUUGAGUCCACCGAUAAUUAUAAUGAAAAACUAUUAAAAAAAAAACUUACAAUAGAACUUAAUAACGUUUAAUUAUAUCGUAAAAUACGGUAAGGAUAAGAAGGUUAUCAAUAGAUGAUAUAUAAAACAAUUAAUUGAAUUUAAGCCCAGUUUUUUUUUUUAAGUACACCAUGAAUCAGUUUAUACAUACACAGAUUGAUCGAUUAAUCAAUUUAUUAUUGAUAAACUUGCUAUGUUAGCCUAUUGUACGUUUGAAGAGAAUUUUUCGGCAUUACAUUAUUCAUGCAGUUUAUGUUCAUAAUUUUUUUUCCUCCCUCUUUCUGUGAACGGAUAAAGCCGGUGUUGUCUCGUGUGGGUCUGACUUCACUCGAUUUCAUUCUCUUAACUACAAUAGCAUAUGAUUUUUCGUUAUAUUCCCCAUAGCAUUAAUUCUACAAAAGGUGACUUAUGCUACAAUAAUGCUGUAUGAUCUUUUUUUUUACACAUAAGAACUUGAAUAAAAUGUUUUCAAAUGUUUAUUCAUAAAGCAGAGAAUAGCAAUUAUCACAAUGUACCUUUAUAUAUAAAACGAAUAAAGUGCAAAAUGUGAAUGCCCUAAAGCAAUCUUUAUAGAAGACUCUAAUAAUGUGUAAUAUAAUUCAUCACUUCUUCUUGCAGUCUUUCUGAGUGCGUAGUAAAAUCGCUAAGUUUUAUUAUUUGUCAACGUAUGUCAUUAUAAAGAUAUACAAUCAUAACGUUACUUCAUUGAGGAGCAUCUCUAUUUUCAAUGUAAUUCACAUAAGGAAGUGUCAUUUUCAUCUCAAGAUAUUUCACCUCUAUUUUUUUCUAUUUUUUUUCUCAUUUCUAUGCUUUUUUUUUUUUAUUUUAAUAUUAUUCUAUGAAGUAGCAGAAUCAGCGUCACGUUAUGUAAAAAAUGUUACACUCAUAGCGUGACGCUGAGUCUGCUACUUCGUAGAAGAGAUCAUCAACUUAUGGCAGCGACAUCGGAUAGAAAACUAGUUUGCCUAUCUAAUACAUCAACUUGUGUCAUUCGUAGGAGCGAGCAGAGCCAAUUAGUAAUAAUCAGCGUGCGUGCAACUAUGCUAUUUAAUGUUCUUAAUUCGACGACGUUGUGCAUUGUAAUCUUGAAUUCUACGACUGUCUAAAGGCAUCUUACGCGAGAAUUAUCUUUCUUUGUACAAAAUAUUAAUGAUUUGUACGAUAUGUAAGAGUCUAAUAGUCUAACAGUAUCUCGAAACGUAAAAAAAAAAAAUUUUGUGAAAUGUAAUCGGAAGAAAUAUGGAACGUAAAGAAUUCGACAAUGCUAAACGUCAAGUCAGUCUCCAGCUGGUGCAGUUUACUUAGUUAGGCCUGUACUGAAACGCCGAUUUGUGAACGUGCGAUGAACGCGAUUGCCGAAACACGUUACCCUGGUGGCGGCGGCGGCGGCUUGUCGACCUGCGAUUAUCGAAGGAACCGAUUACGACGAUUACUCACUCGCUAUGCGUGGCUACCCGUAGAUGCGACGAUCGGCGAAUAAAGCAACCUGCGAUAUGUGGAUAAAUGCGCUACAAAUUGCGUUUGCGCUCAAAGCUGGCGUGCUUUGAAUUUAACCAGGAAAAGGUAUGUUCAACUGCGUGCGAACCUUUAUACUUUAUCUGUUGAGACAAAACCCAAGAGCGCCUUAUUCUCUCAAUGGGGGGAGGGGGGGAGGAGUCCUGUCACCCAUAAUCACUAUCUAUAUCAGUGUUCCAUAAGUGCGAAUGGAGAAUGUCCGGUCGAACAAAACGUAAAACUGUUAAACGAAAGAAAAGAAAAGAGCCGUCGAUUGCCGAAGCGCGUGUUAAUGAAAGCGCGGCCGCAUUUUUCUUCUCGACGAUCUCGGCGUGUUGCGUAUUGCGACAGAAAACGCGCAUCGAUUCUAAUUCCAUCUCUGCCACUGUGCACUCGCGAAGCGAUUCUCAUUAAAAUGUAACUGCCCCAAAACUGUCAAAAACAAAUCUACUAUUGUUUAUUCGAUUCCUACUGCGAUGGUUCUUACUCUUUUUUUUUCUUAAUUGUCGGGAAAUUGGUUAAAAAACACGUUUUGUCGUCGAUUCUCUUGUGGAUUUAAUAGUUCACAAAAAAAAAUCGAUAUUCUUAUAAUUUAAUGAAUUACAAAAUUGUGCAUUAUACGAAAUUAAUUUAAACAGCAAAUUCUUUGAUAUUAAAUGAUGUCAAAUGUAUUAUAUUCGGCUACGGCAAUCUACAAGAAAUUUAAAGGACUCUAAUUUAAUUUUUUUUAAACAGAAAAUGGAAAUAGAUUGGCAUAUUACAUCUCGCGACAUGUUUCAUGUUCGUUGUCCCUCCUUAAAUUAACGCGUUUAAUCGACGCUUUAUGAGAUGGAAUUAGAGGCGCAAGGUAAAAACGAAUGCGAUGCGUGUGAAUUGAAAAGAACGCAUAUACCGAUCUCUCUUGCUAACUUUUGCCGCCGCAAUCGUUUGCGGAUCGUUCGUUUUGAUGUUCGUUACCGCUACCGAAUCUCGUUCCGCAGAAUCAAAUUCUAAAAAUUCCGCUCGUACCUCGCGAAUGGAACUAAGCGUUGCGUAAGACACGUCGUUAUGUCUUCGGAACAGCUCGUAUCUUGACGUUGAUGGAAGAACGUCACAGAAAAUUUUCUCAAAUGGUCGACCUGUACAGCGCUCCUAUUAACUGUUGAAUCGCAAAUGCAUUACGUUUCUUGUUAUACUUUCAAAAAAAAAUGCACUCUCAUUUUACGAAACAUUUGUCAAGUACAAGAUGUGUACUCUUGAUUUCAUCGCGUUCAAGCUUUGGUAGAAUCAUACAAAGUCAAUAGAAAAGAGAGUGAAGUAACGUAUAGCUACUUCACUAAUUGUCAAUAAUUUCUUUGAGAGCAUUAUCGACUUUAUUUGGCGUUCAUACAAAAAUAUACAAUAAGCUAGUUUCACUACACAUUAAGCCCACAAUUCAGUGGGAUAUUUCACGUACGUUUCCGUAUAAUAAGAUAAUUUUUUUAAUAGAUUACAAACUGGAUGAAGAGACAAACUGAUGGACAUUGAGAUGAACUCAAUGGGAACCGCUAAUAAUCCUCAGAAGCAUUCACUGUCAGUGAACUCGUUUGCUCGUCCGGGGGACGAGAGAUAGAUGUGACAGAAGACGGAAUAAUUAUGCCUGGCCGCUUGUAAUGGGAAGUAAGAAAGCAUACAGAAAUGAAGUAUGGAACCAGUUAUGUGCAUUUUCUUUACGCAAUGUAUAAACAUGGCGUUCUUAUCGAUAACACCAUAUAAUACGAUAAGGUAAUUCAUUUUUUUAAGAUAAUAAAAUUUUUUGACAAUA